AUGGCUCAUGAAAUGUUCGUGAUUGGUGUGGAAAGGAUUAUCAUUCCAAGGCAACUCCAUCACUCCAAGGCUGCUCUAUCAGCCGUCUGCAUCACGUUUCAAUGGAGCCACGGGUAUAUAAGCACACUUGAAUUGGAUAGUAGUCAGUCAAGAGAGCCAGCGAAAGUAAACGAGAUGAUGGAACAUCAGUGUAUCAGCUCAACGAUUUUGGUCUCUUUGCUGCUCAUAAUAGCAGUUACAUCAAGUGCAGACACUUCAGCUAACAAGGGAUGUUGUGGUGGAGUCCCAGGCGUGCCUGGCUCUCCUGGAUCACCAGGUCCUUUGGGAUCUCCUGGAAGAGAUGGUAGAGAUGGAAGAGAUGGAACAAUUGGUGAGAAAGGUGGUCGUGGUGAAAGAGGAGAACAAGGAGUAAAAGGGGAGAGUGGAAAAUUAGGUCCACAAGGGCCGAAAGGAGACGGGGGCGUGAAAGGAAUCAAGGGCGAUUUGGGAGUGAAAUGA